UGGACGUCCAUUCAAAUUCCGAAUCAAAAUUUAAAAUUAUUCUCCAAAUUUCGAAAGUGCGCGUGUUCUGGUACGAAAAUUAUAAAUUUCGGAAAAACCGAAAGGCAUCUAAAAAUUCAAAUUCUUCCGCAUCAGUGUUAAGGUUAGAGCUUCUUCCUCAAUAAUGGACAAGUCCGACAAAGGUGAAAAGAAUGAUAAGGGUGAGAAAUCCGAGAAACCUGAGAAGACACCAAAAAUCGCUGGAAGCUUCCUGUACAUGUUCGAGUUUGUGGUGGACGACCUGCUGAUAACACGGCAGAAUAUGUGUGCCCCUGAGGAGUAUCCCACCUGCACGGAGAUCACGUUCCGUUCGUCGGUUUACGUGAAUAUCUGCGAUCGGGAGGUAGGCACCUGCGUUAACCCAUGCUCGCCAAAGUGCGGAAAGUGUGCCCUGUUCACCCUGGACUCCCCGAUCACGGACAAGGAUGUUCUGACGGUGCAUGUUUACAAGAAACGCACGGAAAGCUGCAAGUUCUUGAUAGGAUUGUCGGAGCUAAAGGUGAAGCCGAUCUUCGACAGGGUUAAAGAGUCCUUCGACGCAGAGAAUCCCAACUGGGAGGGCGCCAUGCUGGGUCACAUUAACCAGUUGCCCAAAAUGAAGGGUCCCAAUAGCAAGGGUCUUCUGGACAACUGCUCUUGCUACGAAAAGCUCAAUGAACGCCAUGAGCAGUGGUGUCCCACGUCGGAGUUAUCCAAGCGGUUGCUACCCCUUUUCAAUCUCUGCAAGAUGCAGACUGGCAACAUUGUGCUGAUCCUCAGAUUGGUUUGCAAUGGCCCGACCAUCGUUUCCACAUUCCCAUUCAGCAAGGUCUGCUCUCGGAAUCCCAAGUGCCCGGAGCCCUGUUGCAAGCCAUGUGGUCCCUGUCCACCACCUCCCUGCUGCGGAUCAUGCCCGCCUCCUCCUUGUGGGCCACCAUGUCCAUCUCCCUGCCCACCUCCCUGUGAUCCCUGCGAUCCGUGCGAUCCCUGCAGUCCUUGCUGUGGUGGAGGAACAGCCACCGGUGGCCCCAUGGACAAGAAGACCUGCAAGGGUCCAUGUGGCCAGCCUCCUUGUCGUCGGUGCAAAAUGGUGGAUCCUUGUUACAAGCCAGCCGACCCGCCGGCCAAGUGCCUGCGAUACUACUCCUGCAACCUGGACAAGCUAUGUCCCUGCGACUACUGCGAAGACGAAUUCGACAGGGAAUGUCCCACUGUUCCCACGAAGCGCUGUAACCUCUCGCCCGUGGAACAGAAGCUGCAGAAAUGCGGUCCCUGCGGCGGCAUUCAGCCUUACCCAGGCCAUAUGAAGAAGAAGAUGGAGGCGGAGAUGAGGAGCAACCAGGCCAAGGAUUCCAAGAAGGACAAAAAUGGUAAAAAGGAUAAGGCUGGCAAGGAUGGGAAGGAUGGCAAGGGCAAAAAGCGACAGGCAGGAGGUGCUGUUUACUGUUUAGGCGACACCAACAACCCCUCCGCCGUUUACGACUCAAGCGAUCCUGUCUGCGAAGGAGUUCUCCAGGCCACAAGGAAAGUGAGUUACCCGGCUCCAAGUACCACUUGCCACAGGCGUGAGGAGGAGUACGAUAUGGCCUCCGAUGAAGCGCGAAAACGAGCUGUGCGGAAAUUGCGCCAUUUACUGGUGAAGUACAAUAUCCAAAUUGAGAAUUAAAGGCCUUCGGAAUUCGGAAUCGAGCCUCCAGCAGCAGUCUUUGAGCGGA